AUGGGAGAGGUACAGCCAACAGAGGAGAUGAAGAAGGAAGUUAUAAACAAUGCCACAACAAGCUCUGGAAGCAAAGCAAGACUUGCCAUUUUGGAACUAGCUCACAUCAUGAGUGUUCCAAUGUCCCUAACCGCUAUCUUAAACCUCAAAGUCCCCGAGGCCAUAUGGCAAGACGGUUCCAACACUCCUCUCUCCGCCUCCCAAAUUCUCUCAAUCAUUCGUCCCCACGGCGGCGCCGACGCGGAGAACCUCCAACGCAUCCUCCGCUUGCUCACAAGCUACGACAUAUUUGACGAGCACUUGUGCAGCAGUGGCCAAAGGAAAUACUCUCUCACCGACGUCGGAAAGACCCUCGUUGACGAUGAACAUGGGUUAUCCUAUGCUUAUUACAUGCUCCAGCAUCAUCAGGAUGCAUUGAUGGGAGCAUGGGCGUUGGUGGGGGAAGCAGUGAUGAAUCCAACCACAGAACCAUUUGUGAAGGCUAACGGAGAGUCAGCGAUAGAGUACUACACGAAGCGACCAGAUGUAAUGGCUUUGAUUUAUAAGUCAUUGUCUGGGAUGUCUGAGCCUUUAAUGAGGGAAUUGCUGCAACUCUACGACGGCUUCCAUGGUGUAGACACACUUGUUGACGUUGGUGGCUGUAACGGUGGUUCUCUUCGCAUGAUCAUGGCCAAGUUCCCCAAUGUCAGCAGUGGCAUCAACUUUGAUCUUCCCAAUAUGGUGGCUACUGCACCAAACGUUCCAGGUGUAACCCAUGUUGGUGGUGACGCGUUUACUUCUGUUCCCCCUGGGGAUGCUAUCUUCAUCAAGUGGGUUCUUUUAGCAUGGACAGACGAGGAAUGUAAGGUGGUAAUGCAGAACUGUCAUAAGGCACUUCCGGAGAAUGGAAAAUUGAUUGUUUGCGAACCAGUGGUGCCGGAGCUGACCGAUGAGAGUCGCAGAACAAGAGCACUGCUUGGGGGUGACGUAUUCAUAAUGACAAUGUAUAGAACUAAGGGGAAGCACAGGACCGAAGAACAAUUUAAACAGCUCGGCAUUUCUUCUGGUUUUCCUCGUUUCCGUGCCUUCUAUGUUGACACUUACUUGACUGUGCUUGAGUUUCAGAAAUGA